CUGAGGAGGCUCCUCCCCAACAACAGUUCCCGACCUCCGACGAGAAUUCAAGCUGCCACAUUGAAGAGGAACAAAAAGGCGACCUGGCAGCGGUUUCUACACUCCCUCCACAUUCUCCGGGGUAGUCACGGGAUUUCAAUGUUCAGCCUGCUCUUUGUUUUCUGUGUUUACUUGAGCCGUACCUAUAUGGCGUGUGUGAGCGGAGAAUUUUGCCAGGCACAGCACCUCACCUCUGUGGAGAAGUGAAUCGGCCGCCCCCCGAGGGACUACGCUACCCAGAAACCCCCCUGACUGCCAGCAUACUAGGAACUGCUGACUCUUCCAAAGUCCCCCUGGGAUAUUGCGUAGUCCUUGGCCUGACUGCCCUGCCCUGUCCCAACCAAUACGAAAAAUCAUUGCUUUCUGCUUUCUCCUUGAACAGCCAAUCACAAACAGCUCUCCUGAAUGGGCCGUCUCGCCAACAUGAACCGCCCCGCUGCAGUCGAGAUUGCCUACGAGUGCAUGAGGUUCCUCAUCACCCACAACCCCACCAAUGCCACGCUUAACAAGUUCACAGAGGAGCUGAAAAAGUUUGAUGUGAACACACUAGUGCGAGUUUGUGAUGCCACCUAUGAUAAGGCUCCAGUAGAGAAGGAGGGGAUACAGGUUGUGGACUGGCCCUUUGAUGAUGGUGCCCCCCCUCCCACACAGAUUGUGGACGAUUGGCUCAAGCUGCUCAACAACAAGUUUCGAGAGGAACCUGGCUGCUGCGUCGCUGUGCACUGUGUUGCAGGGCUUGGCCGAGCUCCAGUCUUGGUGGCCUUAGCCCUCAUUGAGAGUGGAAUGAAGUACGAGGAUGCUGUGCAGUUCAUAAGGCAUCUGCAGAAUACUAGGAAUUAGUAACUAACUCUAGACUGAGUCUGGUACUACCACUAGAAACAAAGCUGUACACUGCAAGCUGGUGUUAAAGGGAUUGUUCAGCAUUUUGGGGAAAUACAUACAUGUAUUUGUCAUUUUUACACUUUUUACACUUUGAUUUUUGUACAGAUUAAACAAACAAGAUAUAACGUGUUAAUUAUUGAGCGUUUAGAGGUGCUGGCAGGUGGAUUUUGUUGCCUUUGGACCGAGCCGGCUAGCUGUUUCCCCCUUUGCCAGUCUUUGUUUUAAGUUAAGCUAACCGGCUGCUAACUGUAGCCUUGUAUUUAAAAGAUAGAUGAAAGAGUGUUAUUGUUCUUCUCAUCUAACUGUCAGAAAGCAAAUUAGUGUAUUUCCCAAAACUAUUAGUUUGAUCACUACAGUAAUGACCAUAGUGUUUUACUAUAGUGUACUCUUUGCUCUCUUUUGUGGAUAUCGUUGUUUUUAUCUUUUUCACUCCAUAUGCUUUUCAUAGGAAGAGACGUGGAGCCUUCAACUCCAAACAGCUUCUUUACCUCGAGAAAUACAGACCCAAAAUGCGUCUGCGGUUCAAGGAUACCAACGUCCACAACUGCUGUGUGCAGUAGGCUGCCUGUCAGUGCAUCUUUCUUAUGCGCAUCUUGUGGGGAAUCUUCCAACAAGGGGAGAUUAAAAAAAAAAAAAAAAAAUGAAGCGAGUGCUAUCAGUAAUUAUUGUGAUGAUUUGUUAAUACUGAGUCAUGGUUAAUUAAUCGGAGAGCAAGCGAGUGAUGAAUGAGUGAAUCCAGAUCUGGGAUCCACCAGCCGAACCAAUGAAUGGAAGGUCUAAGCACACAGAUAGGCCCGCCUCCCGGUUAUACUGUUCAACCACGGGCCAGAAUUUUCUCAACUUGAGUCCAUCCUGGGUUUUUUUUUUUUUUUUGUUUUUUUUUUUUUUUUCAGUUGUAAUCAUGGGAUAACAUUUUACAUUUUGUGAAUUUUUAUUUUUACACAAGCAAUGGUGAUGAGAAGAUGUAAUGUUAAAUGAUAUUCCAAUUUUUAUUUCCGCUAAUUAUUGAUAUUAUGAUUAGGCCAGAAUAAUGUACCUUUUUAAAAAACCUUUUUAAACUUUGAACAGAUUGUGACUGUCCAUUUUGGUAUUGGGUGUUUCUUUUUAUUUUAUUUUUUGCACAAAAAACUCAAAAGGUUCACCUGAAAAUGCAGUAAUGUUUUCCUUUUACCCAUCACUUGCUUAAGUCACUUUCAGUUUAGGGGUUCACUGAGUUUGAAUAUGUCUGCAAUAUUUAUUCACAAGUUAUGUGUGGCAGUUAUGAGUUUGGCAGGGUCAGGGACACUUUGUUAUCCAAUAGUUGUUGUUGUUUUUUUCUUUCUUUCUUUUUAAUCCUUCGAGAGCCAUGUCUUUUUUUCUUUUUUCUUUUUUUUCUUUAUCUUGUUGGAGUGCAAUAAUCAGUCCACCUCAAAUAUGGCCACCAAACCAUGCUGAGCAUCCUACACACACGCACACGUACACUUCAGACACUCAUCCAGGCAGUUAAACAAGAGAAAAACAUAACAACUCCUACAAUAGGUACUUCUUCUUUCAUUCAUUCUCCUAAACGGGGCUACAAUAGGACUUCCCUAAAUAUGCAUAUUUAAACUCGUAUACACAGAGCCUAAGAUCCAAUCUGAAAGACAACGUGGAGAAGAAUGAAAAUGGUCAGUUUUUUAUCAUUGUACCCAUUUUGAAAACAUCCCCAAUUCGUAUUGGUUCUUUAAAGAUAAAUAAAUUGAAAUAAAAAGCAAA